AUGACUGGAUGCCUAAAUGGAGGAUCUUGUUUGUUAGACAAGAAAAGGGAAACGUUUUCCUGCUCGUGCAAACUACCAUGGAGUGGACAAAGAUUCGAAGUAAACUCGAGUGAGCCUUUACUUAGUUUUCGGGUUUUCUGUUUUAUUAUUAUUAAUUCAAUCUUUUCUCAUGAAAAAAAAAGUUUUUACGUCCUUACUUCAAGCGUUUUAAUGCUGAUUUUAUUUCUUAUAUUUGUUACCAAGCUCCCGGGUCGACCCGUUCGCGACGCUUCCUUCUUCAAAAGGACACGAAAGCACUUAGCAUGUGACAUUUUUGCUAUUAGGGAGUUUAAGACGCCACGACAGCGAGGACAACGAGAACGGCAAAAAGACAAAAGGUUGAAUAGGCAAAACAACAACUCGCUUUAAUUUUUGUUCAUUUCGAUUUUUUUCCCGUCAAUGCACGACUACGACGAAUUACUACCACGUGAGACGAAAAAAUAGUUUUUGUUUUUCUGGCUUGGAUAUGGUUCUUAGUAAUUCGGCUCCAGAAGAGUUGGCUUGCAUUAAAAUAAUUUAAGGGACGUUUUCGAGUCCGUCGCCGUUCUUGCUAUCCUAAACUCCCCACUAUCGCCUCCAUGAAGCGUCUUUCAAGCUCCCUUCAAGAUGGAGCCAAAGUAACGAUUGAGGAGACAGGAGGAGUUUUUCUAUCCCCUAUUCUUCUCCCGGCCAAAUUUUCUCCUUAGCUUUCAAAGAGUCGCUUGCUUAGUAGCCUCCCACGCAGACAAUCUUAGGGGUUCGUCACACGUUCCUGUCCCUCCUGGAGCAGGAACGCGUGACGAACCCCUAAGAACGUCUGCGAGGGAGGCUACUUGCUCAGAGGUCCGUUGCUAUCAAAAAAUCUUAUUUCUGUGGCUUCGAUACCAUCUUUCAUUGCCUUGAAGUUAUCUUUCGCUAUUAUUUGCUUCUUUUUGCUUCAAGGAUGUCCAUCUGGCUGGGUUACAUUUGGUGGUUCAUGUUUUUACCUGAACGGUACAGAACAACAGGUCCAGAGCGACGCGCACAAGGCAUGCCGGACUAUGGGUGGAGACCUCCCAAUAAUCAAAUCAGCCGCUGCAGACAAAUUUAUAUUCGAACUUAUAAAAAAUGGUAAUACAGUCACACCAUUUGGUGCGUGGCUUGGGUUAGAACGAGUUAACGUUAACGCAACCAAGUUCCGUUGGAUUGACGGUACUCCACUGGAAGGAGAGUAUAAGAAUUGGUUUGACAGGGAAACGAACAACCAAGGCUUUAAUGAAGAUUGUGUCAAUAUGUUUGGGAAGUCAAUUGACAACAGAACGACCUCGAGGGCAGAAGGAAAGUGGAAUGACUACCCCUGUGGAUGCCAUAAGAGUCUAAACCUUUGCCCUGUUGUUCUUUGCCAGAGGCCUUUACGGCCAUGA